UGUCACGUGACAACGAACACGGUCUUCUGCUGGUGUCACCGCCGGGCAUGGUUGUGGCCGCUCGGUUCUAAUGGGGUUGUUGGUGCUGAAUUUACUUUCUGGACAAAUAACCUUCAGUAAUACUGUGUAAACCAUGCCCGGGAACAUCCCUAGUCCACAGUACCUCGACGGAAAUUUUACUAUCGAUUGCCCAAAUGGGUCCCGUGUUAUUUGGGACAUUCUCCAAGUGUGCACUGAAGAUCCAAGAGACAUAGCAAGUGUAGCCCUGGGGUUGUUUUCAGCCAUCUGUUUCAUGUUGUCUGCUUUCCCGCAGUGUUACAGAUCCUGCAAGGCUGGAAACAUGGACCAAGCUUUGUCAUUCUUGUUCCUGUUGGGUUGGUUGGGAGGUGACUCGUGCAAUUUAAUUGGUGCUUUCCUGGCUCAGCAAUUGCCACUGCAGACUUACACUGCUGUGUAUUAUGUGAUAGUGGACGUGGUCAUGGUCUCAAUGUAUUGUUAUUACAAGAUGAAGAACCAGUCUAGACAAGAUGGGACUGCAGUUAAUGUUGUUGUCAUGUUUGUGAUGCUUGGAGCAGCUGGUUACUUAGUACCAGGCAACAAUCUAGUAUCUCCAAUUGGAGAAAUGCCAAAAUUCAACAAGCGCUCUCUUUUGGCUAUUCCUCACUCAUCUGCUAACCAGAUAUUUACUGUGAAAGAAAUCAUUGGAUUUGUAAUUGGCUCAUUUUCGUCAGUAUUCUACCUGGCAUCCCGGUUGCCUCAGCUGUGCAGAAAUAUGAAGAGGAAAUCUACCGAAGGCAUAUCCCCUUUGCUCUUUGCCUUAAUGAUUCUAGGGAAUCUUACAUAUGGCCUGUGUGUGUUGCUGAAGCUCCCAAGAAAAGGGCAAACUGAGGCUAACUACGUGGUGCAUCAUCUUCCCUGGUUGGUGGGCAGCUUGGGGACCAUGGCGCUCGAUGUUAUGAUUUUACUUCAGUUUUUCAUGUAUAAGACACAGAAGUCUGAAAGGGAACUGUUAAUUCCUAAAGCACCGCAGAGAUCUUUGCACUAGUGAGGAAUUCUUUUUAAAGAAAUUAUGUAAAGGGAAAUACUUCUGUCAGUUUUAUUUAGAGAACCUGGUGUAGUUUAGAAGACUAUUUUGACCAAGAUAAAUCUAAACUUUUCAACUAAUUAAUUAAUUUUAAUAUAAAUACAUAUUUUGCAAAUACUCUUGAGUCGUCACCUGGGUGAUACUUCACCUAUCAGAGCUUGUUGCACAAACCUGACCUUCAUGCAUCAUCGUGUUCCCACUGGCUGAAGACGAACAAUCAGUGCACAAUGUUUGUCUCAUUGGAAAUCAGUGAAUGAAGCAAUGGAUGAAAGAUCAGGAAAAAUGGGUGUAAAAUCCAUCCAAUUGCAUCAUUUCAAAUCAUCAUUUAGUAAUGGUUAUGUCACACGGACUUGUCCACUGAACUGCACCAGGUGGUCGAUUUCUUUGUCCAUGGAUAAUGGGUGCUGCUAUUGACAUUUGAGACUGAUGCUCUUCCUUUUUGUAUGUUGAUUAUGAUCAGGAGUGCUUGGAGGAGGAGUCAAAUCAAAUCUCACACCAAAAGAUAUUGCAGUCAACAAUUAAUAUUUAUUACAACUCAGGGAUGGGCUGGUAAAGCUGCCUAAAUCAGAUUGUUAUUCUUGACCAUCCAGCAAUAAUUUUAAUUACUAAUGGUUUUAAUUAGACUCUUAUUGAAUCUGAAAUGAUAAAUAUAAAAAUUUACUUCAUAGAAACUGCAGUUUAAAAAUAGAAGGACGCACUGGGCGGCACAGUAGUGCAGCUAGCAGAGCCACUGCCUCACAGGGACACCAGUGGUUCAAUCUUAACCCCUGGUGCUAUCUGUGUGGAGUUUGCAAGUUCUCUCCGUGACCGGGUGGGUUUCCUCCCACAUUCCCAAAAAUGUGCAAGUUGAUAGGUAAUUGGCCACUGUAAAUUGCUUCUGUGGUGUAGAUGAGUUGUAGAAUCUGGGGGCAGGGGGAUUUGAUGGAACGUGACCAGGGUAAAAUGGGUAGGAGUAGGAUAAGUAUAAAAAUGGAUGCUCGAUGGUCAGCACAGACUUGGUGGGCUGAAGAGCCUGUUUCUGUGCCGUCUAUCUCGAUGACUCCAUGACAGUCCUGGCAAAUGUGGGUGUGGUGGUGAGCCAAUCCAAACAGGAGGCCCAAAAGUUUAUCCCUGGUCUGUGCUGAUUUUCAGCACUGGGAUAAAGAAUGGUGAAGAAAUCAGCCAAGUUCCUGAUUUGUCCAGCAUCUAUAUUUUAUUGCUAUGUCUUGUAUGAACUUCAGUGAUAAAAUCAAGACAAAGAAGUCUUGUCCAGUGUUUUGAAUUUUUAUAGGCACUUAUGGAAAAUAGUGGUUUAUAAAAUUAGCAAAACUCUUAAAUUUGAUUUUGAUCAUUUUGAGAUCUUUAGAAUUGAACCAAUUAGCAGCAAAACUUACUUAGGCUCAAGACUUUAGUCUGUUAUAUGUUACUGAUAAGGGUAAUACUCCUUUGAAUUUCCCAUUUUUGUUCAGAAUCUCAAUGAUCACAACAUGCAAAAGGCUAUUUGGCCCAUUGAGUCCUGGUUCUCCAGCUGGCCCUACUUACAUAUCCUCUCUCCCUGUAGCCAUGCAAAUUCUUUCAGACAGUUAUCCAACUAUCUCCAUAACUACCCUUGACGGUGCAUUACAGACUCUAACCAGUCAAUGCUAAAGAGAGGUUUUCUUCAUAUCACUUUUCCUUCUUUCACCAGUCAACUUCAUUUUGUGUUCCCUGGUUCUUGACCCUUCCUCCAAUGGGAGCAGGUUCUCUCUAUUCAUAAUUCAUUGGGUCCUCUUGCACCCUCUGUUUCAAGGUAAACAACCUCAGCUUCUCCAGCCUAUCUACACAACCAGAAUCCCUCAGCACUGGAAUCACUUGAAUAAAUAUCUUCUACGCCUUCUCCAAAGACUUUACAUCUUUCCUAAAGUGCAGUGUCCAAUUGUGAAGACAAUAAUUUCCUUGCUCUAGUACUGGCUAUCUAUUUAUAAAGCCCAAGGUCCUGUUUGUUUUUAUCAACUUUCUCAAUUACCCUGCCACUGUCAACAAAUUGUACAUGUACCCCAGAUCUCUCUGUACUUGUAACUCUGUUAGAAUUGUGCCAUUGAGUUUAUAUUGCCUCUUCUCAUUCUUCCUACCAAAAUGUAACUUUGAAUUUCUCAGCAUUAAAUUUGUUCCUCUUAAGGCACAAGCAUCUCAUUUCUCAGUCUUCCUCCCUCUAUCCUCACUUGUGUUGAAAUCAAGAUUCAUAGAACCAUUUUCUGUUCUUAAUUCAUUCCUAAUCUUCCUUAGACUUCCUUUUCCUCCUGAGUCACACUCGCUUUUAAAACCUAACCUUGGUCUCACCUCAUUUACUUUUUCCAAUCAUAUUUCUGUAUAUGGCAUUACUUUUAUGCAAAAAAAAUUAUAGAAUGAUAUAUCUAUUGAUAAUGUUGCACUUUAUAUAAAACCAGUUGAUGUAUAAAUGUUUACUCUGGUAUUUGCCAUUCUCACCAAGGUAGCAAUAUUUUUAAAUUGCACUUUAUUUUAAGAACUUUUUAGUUCCAAAAAUGGAUGAAUAAAUCCUUGGCACAGAGAAUGCAUGUUUUAAAACAUGCUGUCUGGAUUUGUUCAGUAGCUGCAUCCAGUCUUCAUACAUCCUCAUCCAUCCUGGACUUGAUACUACAAGUUACUUGAAAAUAAUGAUCUGAUUAUUUUCAUUUAUCUUACAAGGCAAUUGGGAAAUCUGACCAUUUUGUGCCACCAGCGGGUAAUACUGUCCAGCACAGGCAAAGUGUUCUGCCCGCCAGUUAAAUGUGAAUAGUGAUGAUUAUAAACUGAAACUUCAGGCUUUGCUUUCAAACUUCAUUGUCUGAAGUGUUAUGAAGCGUGUUUGGACUUGAUGUCUGGUGCCCAAACCCUUGGAGUGCUCUCCUCCAUCACUUCACACACUUGGCUGUUGGGCCUGGCUGCUGCUACUGAAAUGUGUACACAUUGAAGAAUUGCUAGCAAGCUAACUUAACUGAAAAUAAACAAGUUUUAUAACAGUUAUUUUAAAGCUAUGCCUGACUGCACCAAGGUUUGGCCUCUACUUUUUUAAAAGGUGGAGAAGCUACAAUUGACGGAUAUCAUGUUUGCUUCAUGUGAUGCAAACAAGCCCAACCCUCCUGAAAAACUUGAAGUAGUCUCAGUACUAAUUUAACUAUUCAGUUCAUACUUGUCCUGAGUCCAUAGUGAACUCUGCAUUCCCCCUUCUCUCAUCAUCCCUUCAGUUCCUAUCCAGGUUAAGUUCCCGUGUAUUUGACUUUGCUUUGUGUCUCAGGUACAUAGAGGGGAGGGGCCUGGAGGGAUAUGGGCCGAAUGCAGGAAAUUGUGACUAGCUAGGUGGUCAACGUAGUUGGCAUGGAUUCGUUGGACUGAAGUGCCUGUAUCUGUGCUGUAUUGCUCUAUGACUCUAUAACUAGUUGCCCUCCCUUUUGGUUUGGUUUGAACAUUUUCUUUUGUAUUUACAUUAUUAUAUAAUUUCUGAGGUACUAUUGAGAGAAAAUGGCUUCCGUUUCUGUAAAUACCAACAAGCUUGAAAGCUUAAGAGUUUGGUAUCUCUAUGCAGAAUUUCUUCUGGGUAACGUGAUAUCUGAUUCUCUAAUUUGUUGCAUUGAUUUGUUUCAUUCAUGUUAGAAAUAAACUCUUCACUAUAUUGUAGAUGGUGUUACCUUAUCAGGGUGACUGGCUUUUUGGGCUUUCACAUCUACAACAAAUUGUUCAGAGUUAUGGAGAGAGAUUUAUACCUUGUUAUCUCACUGCGUGGGAGACUGUUUCCUGCCUGACAUAGGUUCCUCCAUCAACCCUGAAUAUCUUAUCCUGGAUGGCACUUGACAAAGGGUGUCUGAUUGUCCUCAAAUGACAAGAGGAUCCAAAAGAAGGGAGGACAGGAGAGAUGAGGGAAAAAAUGCAGCCUUUUACUAAUUUGCCUGUUGCCCUACAGGCAUUGUUCAGGAUGCACUUAAAUAUACAAUUACAUGUACUUCUGUGAUAGAAGCGGACAGGGAGUCCAUUGAUUCCUUCCUGUCAUUUAGUUAGAUUAUGCCAGAUCUAUACUUUUAUCCAUCUUGACUCACACCUUUUUAAAUCUUCACCACCUAACAAAAAUCAGUAAAGUCAAGUUUGCCUUUUCAUUUCCCUCUGUUUAUUCAUUUGGCUCUCAGUAGCUUCUUGGAAGAGAGUUUGAUUUCUGCUGCCUUGCGGUGAUUUUAAUGGAAGACUUGCCCCAAAGUAUUUUACGAAACAGGUAUUAAAGUCAUGCUACUGAGAUACUUAAGAGGGAAUGAACAAACUUGGGCACAAAUAAAUUGUUAAGAGUAUGUUCAGAGAGAAUCAGCCUUGACUGCCACAGCCAAGGGGAUAGGAAUGUUUACAAAAGGUGUUGAAGAGAUAUGCAGCACUGUGUUGCACUAGUUUGUGCAAGAUACACCAGAACUAAUAAAGCAUGUUUGCAUUUCCCCAGGCAGUGCUGGAUUCUGAGUAACCCACCUCUCACAUGAAUUAUUUGUUGACAAAUCUGCUUUGUAUUUAUGAGCUAGUUACUUUCUACGCAGGAUUUUUAUGUGGACUUACUGCUCAGUUUAGUGCACCUGUAGUUUUGAGGGAAUUUUAUUUUUUCCAGUGAAUGUUGCUAUGACAUUGUAAAUCACAAGUUAAAAGAAAGAAACAUUUCAUUAAGUCAUUGUACUACAAGGUUCUUUCUAGUUUAUUGACUAAUAGAAAUGUCAAUUUGUGAUUUAAUGAUUUUUCUCUUAAUAUAAUAUAUAGUAGAUCAAUUGAUUUAAAUGUUUCAUGCUAGUUCUGCAUCUGUGACUUGAUUAUUUCAAUAAUGUAAAUGUUUAGUACAUUAUAAAUAUAUCAUGAAUAUACCAAAGAAGUAGUUAAUUAGAUGAAUGUUUCUCAUCCUCCUGCCUUUUUAUAUUUGGGUGUUGUUUCUUCCUGAGUAAGACAAACAUCAAACGAUGUUAGCCAUCAGAGGGCUCUGGGUUUAAUUAAGUGAACAAUUUUGGAAGGAGAAAAUGAAUAUUUAAAUGCAUCCAAUUAUCUAGUAUUGAAACAGACUGAGCUUGGCAGCCUUUCACAGGCGAUCCACCCAAAAUUCUGUGCCAUCUUUUUGAAAGCUUUCCAAUUUGUUGCACUUGCCAGCACCACCCCCCCACUUCAAAAUCUUGCGUUAUUUUCCUUUCCACUUAAAAAUAGUUCUCCUUUGAAAGUUACUAUUGAACCUUUGAAAGUUACUAUUGAACCUAUUUCCAUCACAUUUUGAGUGUUUCAAAUCAAAGCUACUCAUUGGUAGAAAUUCGGUUCUACUCCCAUCUGGUUCUUUCGCUAGUUUAUCGUGACUUUGUGUUGUCUGUUCACCAACCCUCUUGCCAGAGAAAACAAUUUUGCUGCUUCUACUCUACCGAGACCCAUCAUAAUAUUGGAUACCUCUUAACCUCUGUGCUCCAAGAAAAACAUUCGCUCCACUGUCCUUUCUAUAUAACUGGACUCCCCCAUCUGAGAAAAUCCCUAGUGCAACUUUUGCAAAGCUUUCAUGUUCUUCCUAGACAUGGAGGUCAGAAUUGACUAGUGAUUUAUAACAAUUUAGCAUAACCUCUUUGUGGUACCAUACUUCUGUCUUGAUGUACAAAAGUAAUUAUGUCUUUUUUAAAUUUUUUUUCUCUCUGGAGACCAUUGCUCAAUUGAGUGAGGAUGUACUGUAUGUUUGUACUGCAUGUCAGUACGGACGAAAGGGAGAUACUUCUGUCUUGCCUGGGAAAAUAAUUGGUCUCCACUGAGCCUCAUUAGCUGGUCUCUUCAGGACAUUCAGUAGAUUACUGAUCUAUUUUGUUCUUAUAACCAGAAUCAGUGUAUUUCCAAUAGCAUCCUCUUACUCUUGAAUGCAAUUAAACUUGAUUUGUUUUUGUGAUAUAAUCGAUGAUAAAUUUAGAAUGAUUUAUAUUUUAAAAGUUUACAAAUGUACUUCAAACAUUCCCAAGCCAAUGUUUGUACAAUGGAU